AUGAUUUGUUUAAUUUUCUUCUUAGGGACAUCAUCCUAUUCUCAGCAAGGCUAUGGUUGUGAAUCAAAGUUGUAUAGCCUUGAUCAUGGCCAUGAGAAACCACAAGACAAAAAAAAGAGAACCUCUGGCCUUGCCACCCUCAAAAAGAAGUUUAUUAAACGUCGAAAAUCUAAUAGGUCUGCCGAUCACGCCAAGCAGAUGCGAGAACUCCUCUCUGGGUGGGAUGUUAGAGAUGUUAAUGCAUUAGUGGAAGAAUAUGAGGGAACUUCAGCCUUAAAGGAGCUUUCUCUACAAGCCAGUUUGGCUAGACCAGAAGCCCGGACAUUGCAGAAAGAUAUGGCUGAGCUUUAUGAGUAUAAGUAUUGUACUGAUGUAGACUUAAUAUUUCAAGAAACUUGUUUUCCUGUUCAUCGUGCCAUUUUGGCAGCAAGGUGUCCAUUUUUUAAAACACUGCUUUCUUCCUCACCUGAGUAUGGGGCAGAGAUAGUAAUGGACAUCAGUACAGCUGGUAUUGAUAUGCCUAUGUUUUCUGCUUUGUUACACUACCUUUAUACAGGAGAAUUUGGAAUGGAGGACUCAAGGUUUCAAAAUGUCGAUAUCCUUGUUCAGCUUAGUGAAGAAUUUGGAACACCAAAUUCCCUUGAUGUAGAUAUGCGUGGACUUUUUGAUUACAUGUGUUAUUAUGAUGUCGUCCUUAGUUUUUCUUCGGAUUCUGAACUAGUUGAAGCUUUUGGUGGAAAUCAGAACUGUUUAGAUGAAGAGCUCAAAGCCCACAAGGCUAUUAUUUCUGCACGGUCCCCAUUUUUUCGAAACUUAUUACAAAGGAGGAUACGGACUGGUGAAGAAAUCACAGACCGAACUUUAAGAACUCCCACAAGAAUUAUAUUAGAUGAGUCCAUUAUACCAAAAAAAUAUGCAAAAGUGAUAUUACACUGUAUGUAUACCGACGUGGUGGACCUGUCUGUUUUGCACUGUAGCCCUUCUGUGGGGAGUCUCAGUGAAGUUCAGGCUCUCGUCGCAGGGAAGCCAAACAUGACCAGGGCAGAAGAAGCCAUGGAGCUUUACCACAUAGCACUGUUCUUGGAAUUUAACAUGCUUGCACAAG